AUGUCCUGCUCUGACCUGUGUCCUCCCACCCCCUGUGGCCCAACCCCGCUGGCAAAUAGCUGCAAUGAACCCUGUGUCAGGCAGUGCCAGGACUCCACGUAUGUGAUCCAACCCCCUCCUGUGGUGGUGACUCUGCCUGGACCCAUCCUCAGCUCCUUCCCCCAGAACACCACUGUGGGAUCCUCAGCAUCUGCAGCUGUUGGAAGUGCCCUCAGUGCUGAGGGAGUGCCCAUCUCCUCUGGCAGCUCCUUGGGAUUAGGGAGCUUUGGCUAUCCAGGCCUGGUCAGUGGGUACAGCCGGCCUUACUGUCGCUACAACACCUACCGCAGUGACUUUAGUGAGCCAUGCUAA